CCUACCACACUCAGUCGGUGGGUCAGCCUAUCACCUCUCGUGACCUGCAGCCUCACACUUGCGCUUGAUAGCCGUCGCUCGCGUUUAUAGAAGACUCGCAAUCGAUCGUUGGGACUGUCUCAGGCCCGUCCACUCCUUGCGCCUCGCAACCUUGCACCUCGCGGCCUCGAUGCAGCCACGAACUCGAUCCGGCUUUUUCACUGUCUGUAAAACAUGAGCGGCAGCAGCAGCAGCAGCAGCCUGGAGGCCAAGAUCGUCGUCCUGGGAUCUCAAGGCGUGGGGAAGACGUCGCUGGUGCAUCGUUACGUCAAGAAUGCGUUCGCGCCCUCAAUCCACUCGACUAUUGGCGCGUCCUUUCUCACGAAGCGCGUCGUGGACAUAGAUAGCUCAAGUGUUGUUCGCCUGCAAAUUUGGGACACAGCGGGGCAGGAGAGGUUUAGGAGCAUUAGCAAGCUCUAUUACAGAGGGGCCAACGCUGCACUAUUAUGCUACGACAUCACAUCCGCGGCUUCCUUUACCGAGAUGGGCCACUGGUUGGUUGAGCUGCGAUCCAAUCUCCCUGAAGAUACCAUUCUUCACGUCGUUGGUACAAAGGCAGACGUGGUAGCAGAAGAUCCUUCGAAACGGCAGGUUCCUUUCGAGCGUGUCAUAGCUUAUGUGGCAGAGAAUCUGUAUCCAGGCUCGGCGCAGCAAAACCAGCAAGCCACAAAUUCUGGCCAAGCACCGCCCGUCAACACACCCGCUCUUGAACGCACAGUCAGCUCAAUACUAGGUGUAGGAGGAGGGGCCAAUAAGUCUAAACAAGAGCUUCGUCCAGACCCACCCCUUGCUUCACCAAACUCGAACCGAUCGAGUAUAAAUUUCUGGGGCCAGGAUCUGGGCUGGGACUGCUGCCACGAGAUCUCAGCAUCAACAGGUGAAGGGGUCGAGGAGGUUUUCAGAGUUAUAACGAGGCGACUGGUUGAACAGCGGAACAAUCGCGCUGCGUUGGAGCUGAGACUUAUGCAAGAACUCGGGGGAAUAACGCCAGGUCUGGAUGAUCGGAAUGGUUUCUUCAACGACUAUGCCACGGAGGGUUCUUAUCCGCACAUGAACGGCAACGGUAGCUUUCGGGUUGGAAUAGGCGACAAGAGAAGGAGCUGGCUGGGUUUGACUCAAUUUCCAGGCUAUAAUGGAGAUGGCGACACUCAAAUUGACUCCGCAAACAUCACUCCGCAACGGAAAGGGUGUUGCUAGUGAUAUGUGUCAAAUCGCAUUUUUAUGAUAUUGCAUGAUUCUGAUGACACGCAUGUAACCAUGGCGUCUGAGAGAUGACUCGAGCGGAUUUUAAUCAUCAAGCUUUAUGCAUCUACAAAUUCGUUCAACUUGCACUUGAAUUGAAACUCGGAUUGCAAGAGCUAGCACUGCCUCGAUUCGUGAAGGUCGGCUGGGCAUAUUAUAAACUGGAUAAUAUGCCGUAGCUUUGGGACGCAUGAUAAGAAGCUCAUGGCAUGGAUUUAUUCAUAUUCUCUAGGCGAGCUCCGUUAUGCUUGCACGCAUUGACUGCCGAAAUGGGACGUCUAACUUUCCUAUCUUUUUGCAAUGCUUGUAUCUCUUAUUUCGAGCGGGGCCAUGAAACGUCUACUUCGCUGGUUUCUGUGCCCAAAUAAUGUAGCUGCUCAAAUCAGUAACUGUAAUCUUACGAUUAUUCUGAGACUUAC